CAGUUUUUAAAUGGAUGAAGGUAUUAGAGGCUUGGGACGAGCCGACAUCAACUCACCCACAAGGUCAGCAUGGGAACAGCUCGCUUCAUUAUGAAGGGAGGGCUGCUGAACUUACCAUAACACGAGCAAAUCCGGCAGAUAUUCAGGAGUUAGCUCGACUCGCGAAAUGCGUUGGUUUUGAUCAUGUACGAAGAGAAAGAGACCAAAUAAAAGUGUGCGUUUUGCCUCAAAAGGGUGACUUUGAUGAGAUCGUCUCGCUGCCGAAGGUACAGUUGCGUGUGGUUAAGGCACCUCCUGUAGAUGAGCAUCAGUAUGCAAUUCCCGAGGAACUUGCCGGGGAAUCUAGAAUCCCUAAACUAUUUGAUGGCUGGAAUAAAAGUCAGCCAGUUUCAGAACACUUCACAAUACAGGACUUUCUUUGUCCGCGUGGCCAACAGUCGUACUAUCGAUAUUUUCGUCUUGAGGUUAAGAUAGUAGAAUGUCUUGAACAACUGAUAAUAGACUUUAAUGAAGAUGUACUUUUGGUAAAAGGCUCAGGUUACAGAGUUCGAUCCGUGAAUUUGAUAGAUAUUGAUAACAGACACCCAAACGAAAAACGCAGGUUUCAAAUGGGACAAGCCGUGGAAAUAGCACUACAGGAUGGGUCAAGAAAAUCCAUUCCAGAACUAUGGCAACAGGUUGUGAGGUCCUGCCUUCCAUUACUUACAUUUGAUCAACUCGGUCUAAACAUUGGAAUCCACCCUGAUCGUGUUUACGUUGAUAUACACCCCUUAAGCACAUCACACACUGGAAUGCCACUACACAUGUGGACUGGUAAUGGGAAACAUAUAAGAGCCAUUGAUGAUAUGGAGGCGUUUUAUAAUCAGAUAUUAAAAGGCGGGCCUAUCAUCGUUCCACGACUACCAGAACAUGCGUGCAGGACACCAACUUUUGGAGAAGAUUUGUUUUAUAUAUCUGUGCAGUUGGAUUCUACAAGGCCAGGAUGUAAUUCGGCGCGGUCAUCUUCAUUCUGCGAAAAGUCUAAACCAUAUCGGGAAAGGGAAUUGAGUGCCCUAUUGAGAAAAGUUAACGCAGCUCUGGGAUCAAGGAAACUGGAGACAAGAAAUGUCCAGGACUGUUUCGUAAACGCCUGUGGAAAAUGCAAGGGGUCAGGUUGGGUUUGGGAGAAGAAAGUUCGCUCCUGCUUGGCGUUUUUGAGUGAGUUCAUAUCCAAAACUAGCACUCCGUUCAGAGAUAUGCACAACAAGGCAGCGUUCUUCAACACUGAGAACCCAAACUCCACGGUUCACCAUUUAUCGUGUAACCAGAUGGUAUGUCUGGAAAACACCGUACUUCAUGGGAUACUUGUCGAUACUGUAACGGCUACUUUUCGCCCAUAUAAGAAUGACAUUGAGAUGCGCCUGUACAGCGGAGCGGAAAACCCAAGUCCUAUAAUGGACCUUUUGGAGCAAGUGAUGGCAAUGCGUGCGUCCGGUCACGUGAGGGUAUACAUUGAGCGAAAUAACGACCUCUCCGCACUACAUAACGUUAUCAAAAUUCUGUUGGUGCACAACUCCAAGGUGGCCAAUGUAACGUUCCACGUGACUCCCGAUGCCCACAAGGACUACAUCAACGAGGGACUUCAGCGCAAGAUAGAGACCUGGGCUGGCUUGGCGUGUCCGACGCGGAGCAGAGUGGCCAUUUCUCCGUUUACAGUUGAGGAACUUCCCCAUCACCGAGUGCGUCGAAGCUUAGAGAACAGCAAAGCCAGAAAUGACAUGAAACGCGACCUACAUCAUUGGGAGUUGAACUGGUUAAUGCGGAACUGAUAUAAGUGGACGUAUCAAAAGCGAUCAAAAGCCCUUAUUAGAAAUUACCAAUAUGUGUGUAAAGUGGGUUUUUUUGUCAAUGUUCGUAUAC